AUGAGAGCACAACCCUUGCAAGAAAAUACUAGUACGAUACAAGAAUAGAAACCAAUGACAAGCAGCGACCGUUUACCAUAAAGUUAUUCUCUGACCCGCACCACCCACAAAUGUCUGAGAGUACUCAGGGCAAGAGGCUCUCGGAUGUUGAGCACUUCAAUCAGACGUCAACUCAAAGCACCGGAAACCCAAAUGCUUCAAAGGCAAAAUCAAGCAUUGACUUCCAGCUAAGCGCAUUUUUUGGGCUCGAUGUCGACCCCAAAUUGCGGCUCGAUAGACUUCCGGAUGGCGGGAAGCCCAAUCGAACGGCUGAGUGGAAGGGUCAGACCUGCGGCCUGCAAAGAUAG